AGAUAAAAUAAUUAUGCAGCCAGUAGAAUUAAUUGAUCUGGUGAUACAGGAACAGAUGAGAAGCGAUAGGCCUGCAAUUCGCCGUCGAUAUAAAGAAAACGCCAAGACCGGUGUUGAUGAUCACGCCAAAAUUGAAGUACAAACAGCUCAAGGAGGAUCUCAGGAACUUAUUCAACCGCAAAGAAAAUUCAAAUUGCCUACGAAAGAUGAAAUACUACGGUCUUCGGAUACGUGGGAGAUCAAUCCCAAUCUGAAUUCGAUGUGGACUCAUCGACCAGCACCAAUUCAGUCACAACCAGAAGAUAUGUUGCCUCGGAGAGUUGUGUUAAAAACACCCCAUUCAUUGACAAGGCUCGCUAAAACGUUUACGUUUGGAUUCGAACCCUAUUUUGAUAAGGACAUUUUCGAGCCAUUCGAAAGAAGACAAAGGCCGGUGACGCUUAUCACUUUCAGAAGAAAUGGUUUAUUACCUAAAAUUAUCAAUAGAGUUGAGAGUACCACUAAUCCAGAAAACAAGAUCGCAGAACUUCAGUCACCUUUCAACGAAAUCGGUAGUUAUUGGCAAGAAGACCCAACGCUUAUGAAUUUUUAAU